GAUAUUCUCUUCUCUAAAUCAUAGAAUUUAUGUGCCCAGAAUGAUGUCAAAAAGUCACAUCUAAUCAAAUGAAAUGGAUGCAGCAAAUUUUCCACUACAUUUUAAACCUGCUGCACUGUCUCUCACUUGCUUUUGGUCUCAAAUGUUAUCAUACAGGGAUUUGGUAAUUCUACGCUUCUUGUCCUUUUUUAUUAUUAAGUCCUUAUUCAUGAUUAGUUAGGCGGAUCUGCCACUUGAUCUUUCUGGGUCUACAAUCACACUGUUGUAUAUUAUCUAGCCUACCUUCCACUUGCUCUAUCUAUCUGCGCCAUAAAUGUCACUUUUCUGAUGUUUCUGAUAGUGCUAAAGUUCAGAUAUUUUUUUAUCUCCCUGUCGCCGACUGUUUCUUCUUCAAUUCCAUCUGUUUCAUUAUCCCAAAUCCUGAUAAAAACGGUGCCGUAUUCCAAUAUAUAUCUGUUGUGUUGUGUCUCUUUCUGACUCAAAAAGAAAAUCGCUUUGCCCAGAAACAAAAAUACACCAAAACCCCAUCAAAACUUUCAGGGUUUUUUGACUGUUAGUGAUUGUGAAAAUGCAUCGUCGCCUUCUUGACACAGAGCUCAGUGUGCCACCGGUUGGAGGAAUCAACAAGACACACGAUGGAUACUUUAACGAGGAGAAUUUUGACAGCAACAUGGUCAUAAUUUUGGCAGCUUUGUUGUGUGCUUUGAUUGGUGCACUUGGUUUGAACUCAAUAGUUCGUUGCGCUUUGCGUUGCAGUCAUAGGCUUAACAUGGAGACACCGGAUCAAGCCGCCGCACGUCUCGCCGCAACAGGCCUGAAGAAACGAGAUUUACGGCAAAUCCCGAUUGCUGUUUACGGAGAAGGUGAAAAUAUUCCGGCCACCGAGUGCCCAAUUUGCCUUGGUGAAUUUGUCGACGGUGAAAAAGUUCGGGUUUUGCCAAAAUGUAACCAUGGCUUCCAUGUGAGGUGCAUAGACACAUGGCUUAUGUCACACUCAUCGUGUCCAAAUUGUAGAAAUUCGUUGCUUGAAAGCACCACCACAACCACCGCAAGUUCAGCUUCUCCGCCGCCUGAAACUAGAGGACCGGCGGCUGCUGCUGCUCCGCAAGCAGAAGACAACAGGGUGGUUGUAGUUGUUAAUGAGGCAGCAGAUUAAUGAAUAAUUAAACCUUUAAUCAAGGUUUUAAUUAGUAGUUAGGUAGUGAUUUUCAUGAGGCCAAAUGGAAUUGGCAGCAGCAUGUGAAAUUUGUACCAAAUCAUGUGCAAAAUUAAUUAUUAGGUAUAUUUUUGCCAAGGCUGGUUGGGUUUUUGGCCAUUUUUGCAAUUUUCAGGCUGUAGAUUGAUCAAGUUUUUGUCCUA